GACAGUCCGCUCCUGCCGCCGACAUCUUGCCUCCGACCGGAGGAGACGGCGGAGCCCGGGUCUCACGGUCACGCGUCCCGAUGCAGUGACGGCAGGGCCGCAGCGGUUCUCUGCGAGCAGCCCGGAGACGGCGGCAUCUCUGCGGAGCAGUGACUCUUCGUUAUGAUCAGCUCUGACUGACGGCCUCGCCAUGAUCGGAGGACUCUUUAUCUACAACCACAAGGGGGAGGUGUUGAUCUCCCGGGUGUACCGCGAUGACAUCGGGAGAAAUGCGGUGGACGCGUUUCGAGUUAACGUCAUCCACGCCCGGCAGCAGGUCCGCUCUCCGGUCACCAACAUCGCCCGGACCAGCUUCUUCCACGUCAAACGCUCCAACAUCUGGCUGGCGGCGGUCACCAAGCAGAACGUCAACGCCACCAUGGUGUUCGAGUUCCUCUACAAGAUGUGUGACGUCAUGUCUGCGUACUUCGGCAAGAUCAGCGAGGAGAACGUCAAGAACAACUUCGUCCUCAUCUACGAGCUGCUCGACGAGAUUUUGGACUUCGGUUACCCCCAGAACUCAGAGACUGGAGCUCUGAAGACCUUCAUCACUCAGCAGGGCAUCAAGAGUCAGCACCACACCAAAGAGGAGCAGUCUCAGAUCACCAGUCAGGUAACUGGUCAGAUCGGCUGGAGGAGAGAAGGAAUCAAAUACAGACGCAACGAGCUGUUUCUGGACGUGCUGGAGAGCGUCAACCUGCUCAUGUCACCUCAAGGUCAGGUGCUCAGUGCUCAUGUCUCAGGUCGAGUGGUGAUGAAGAGUUACCUGAGCGGGAUGCCCGAGUGUAAGUUUGGGAUGAACGACAAGAUCGUCAUCGACAAGCAGGGAAAGGGAGGAAGCUCCGAGGACAGCGGCAAGAGUGGUAAACAGUCCAUAGCGAUCGACGACUGCACCUUCCAUCAGUGUGUUCGUCUCAGUAAGUUCGACUCGGAGCGCAGCAUCAGCUUCAUCCCUCCAGACGGAGACUACGAGCUCAUGAGGUACCGGACCACCAAAGACAUCAUCCUGCCGUUCAGAGUCAUCCCUCUGGUCCGAGAAGUCGGUCGCACCAAACUGGAAGUCAAAGUCGUCAUCAAGUCCAACUUCAAGUCGUCGCUGCUGGCUCAGAAGAUCGAGGUUCGGAUCCCCACCCCCCUCAACACCAGCGGGGUUCAGCUCAUCUGUAUGAAGGGAAAAGCAAAGUACAAAGCCAGUGAGAACGCCAUCGUCUGGAAGAUAAAGCGCAUGGCGGGGAUGAAGGAGUCUCAGAUCAGCGCAGAGAUCGAGCUGCUGCCGACCAACGACAAGAAGAAGUGGGCUCGACCUCCGAUCUCCAUGAACUUUGAGGUGCCGUUUGCUCCGUCAGGUCUGAAGGUUCGGUACCUGAAGGUGUUCGAGCCGAAGCUGAACUACAGCGAUCACGACGUCAUUAAAUGGGUUCGUUACAUCGGGCGCAGCGGCAUCUACGAGACCCGCUGCUGACCCCGCUGCCGCCGGGGCUGAUGGGAAGGAAUCGUUGCUGUUACUCUCCUCUACAGAUGUGUGUGUGUGUGAUGUGAUGAUACAUUCCUGCUGUUUGAAACAUUUACAGAGAUGGUUGAUGAAACGUCUCGAUUCAGUACAAAGUGACUUUUCUGUAUUUAAUCCCGAGUUUUUCCAAAUGUUUGAUGACUGAGCAGAUCAGCCAAUCACAUUCCAGAAAACACCUCAGCUGGCUCUAGAGGUCUUCAUAGCUCCAAAAGUGGCCUCUGGAAAACUACCUGACGCCAGUGUACCCGACAAAAAAGAGACCAGGUCUGAGAUAGACCAGAUAGAGACCUCCAGCUGACAACAUAUAGUUUGUGAAAAAUACUCUGUAGUAAAAUAGUCCAGAUUAAAACCAGCCCCCCCGUGUUACUGCAGUGCUUCAGUGUGUCUCUUCGUACAGUAGUUGUAGUUGUGAGCAGCAGAGGUGGAGAUAUCCUGACUUCUAGUCCAAACACACGGACGAACCAGGAAACUCAGCUGCACCUUCACUGUUUUGGGUUUGAGGCAGAGACGCCGGGAGAGAGAGCUCACCUUCAGAGAGCGUUUGGGUCCAUCGGCCAGUUUGAUCUGUAGUUCUUUACUGCAAACAGAAGCACAGAGUGAGUCCUCCUGUCUCGUAGUCCGUCUGUGAUCUGUGUGGUUACCCAGCAUGCUUCAGUCUCGCUCACUUUAAACUUGUUUGCUUUCAGUGUUUGUUGAUUUAUUGAACGUCUGAAUUUGUCUCUGGUGAAAACGUGAUAAGUUGUUUAAGUGUUUUAUUUUUAUUAUUUUUACAGUUUUUGUAUCCAGAUGUGUCGGUUCACUAAUAAGAUUUGUCUGUAAAUGAAAAUGUUAUGAAUCUGUGUGAUUCAUGUUUUUAUAUCCCAGUGGGGACUUUAACCUGAAUGCACACUAACCCACGGGGACUUGUGUCACCGUGGGGAGAGACGGCUUUUUGAGGGUUAAGACUUGGUUUUAGGGUUCAGGUUCAGGUCAGGGUCAGGGUCUAGAGAAAGCAGUAUGUCAGUGACUGUCCCCCACGGGAUAGUGAAACAAACGUGUGUGUGUGUGUGUGGAGAAGCAGAUCAAUAUUUUCUGUCAGCCAGAAACUGAUCAUGUUGAAUCAGCAGCCGUGAGUCUCUGUCUGUUGGAAGUUAUUUUGCCAAAUCUUCUGUUUUGUCAAUAAAAUCAUUCAGACCGAC